CACGGUUUCCCUUUCCGGUUGCAGCUCCGCGCGGUGAGGAACUCUCGUCUAAUCUGCAGCCAUGCCGUCCAAGGGCCCGCUUCAGUCCGUGCAGGUCUUCGGACGCAAGAAGACAGCCACAGCCGUGGCACACUGCAAACGCGGCAACGGCCUCAUCAAGGUGAACGGGCGGCCCCUGGAGAUGAUCGAGCCACGCACGCUGCAAUACAAGCUGUUGGAACCUGUUCUGCUUCUGGGCAAGGAGCGAUUUGCUGGCGUGGACAUUCGUGUCCGUGUGAAGGGUGGUGGUCAUGUGGCUCAGAUUUACGCUAUCCGUCAGUCCAUCUCUAAAGCCCUGGUGGCCUAUUACCAGAAAUAUGUGGACGAGGCUUCAAAGAAGGAGAUCAAAGACAUCCUCAUCCAGUAUGACCGGACCCUGCUGGUAGCUGACCCCCGUCGUUGUGAAUCCAAAAAGUUCGGAGGCCCUGGUGCCCGUGCUCGCUACCAGAAAUCCUACCGAUAAGCCCAUCAUGGGGAUCAGGAUUCACCUUUAUAAUAAACAGUGUAAGGUUUCAA